CACGCCGGGGACAUCGGGCAGCAGGCAGGGCUGGCGGCGAAGCAGGCAGCUGCUGAAGUGAGCUCUUCGAGCGGCCCGGCUCCUGCGGGCAGCGUGGACGGGCUACAUGGGCACUCGCACGGCAGUCCUGAGGUCUCCUGUGCGCUCCCAGACACAAGCCAUGUCAGCUAUGAUGAUCUGACAAGCAAGGUGGGAGAAGUACUUCUGUAUUACUGUUACUGUGAGGUAAAGGAUCCAGAGAAACUCUGUGCUUGGCAAAAGGCUCUGUGCCAGCAUCUGCAUCUCACUGGCAAGGUACGAGUUGCUUCAGAAGGGAUUAAUGGGACAGUUGGUGGAAGCAAAGUAGCUACCAAUCUCUACAUUGAAGUUAUGCUUUCCCAGCCACUGUUCAAAGGCAUUUUGUGUCAAGAGGAUUUCAAGAGCAGUGCAGGAGGAGCUCACUGUUUCCCAGACCUUCGAGUUGGAGUAUUCAGAGAAAUUGUACCUAUGGGCAUUGAUCCAAAGAUAGUAUCUUAUAAAGAAACUGGAAUCCAUUUAUCCCCUCAGGAAUUUCAUAGAGAAGUAGAACAGUAUUUGUCUCAGGCCAAUCAAGGACAAAGCAAUACCAUCUUGCUGGACUGUAGGAACUUCUAUGAAAGUAAAAUAGGACAUUUCCAGGGCUGUCUGGCUCCAGAUAUCAGGAAGUUCAGCUAUUUUCCCAGCUACAUAGAUGAAAACCUGGAGCUUUUUAAAGACAAGCGUGUCCUGAUGUACUGUACAGGAGGGAUUCGUUGUGAAAGAGGCUCUGCUUACCUACGGAGCAAGGCAGUGUGCAGAGAGGUUUACCAGCUAAAAGGUGGAAUUCACAAGUACCUGGAAGAGUUUCCAGAUGGAUUCUACAGGGGGAAGCUGUUUGUGUUUGAUGAUCGUUACGCCAUUUGUUCCAAUGAAGAUAUCAUCUCAGCAUGCAGAUACUGUGGGACACUGUGGGACCAGUAUAAACUUUGUUCCAGCCAGCAUUGCCGGCAGCUUGUCCUGACAUGUCCAAGUUGUCGCAACAAAGGUCUUACAGCUUGCUGUCCUGUUUGUCAAGAGAAAGAGCUCAAGGUGACUUCAAGGGCUUCAGGACAGACACUUAAGGAGGAAUGUGAAUGUACAAGGAGACGGCCAAGGGUACCUAUUGAACGUGUCUCGCAAAGGAUGCUGGAUGCAGGAAAAGAUUAAGCUGUUUCAUUAGUUAAUCUGACACAUGCUAAUGCAAAGGGCUUCUACAACCAGAUCCCUGUUACUCGAUUAGGUUUGGAAAUCAGGAAAACGUGUUGGCUUGGAAAGUCUUGUUCAUACACU